CUCCCUCUCCCUCUCCCUCUCCCUCUCCCUCUCCCUCUCCCUCUCCCCGUAUCUUCCCCUCCAUCACCCAUGCCGUUGUGAAAAUAUUCUCUUAUUGUUGAGAACACAGCUCGCAAUGGCUCUCUCCCACCCCUCCUUAUACAUACUCUCACUCUCCCUCGCCAUAUUUUCCCUACUAGCCGACGCCAAGGUCGUGACCUAUGACUUUAACGCUACCUGGGUGAGAGCAAAUCCCGACGGCCUUUUCGAGCGCGCAACAAUCGGAAUCAACAAUGCGUGGCCACUCCCAACCAUCGAGGCAGACGUUGGCGAUACCGUCAUCGUGAACCUCGAGAAUGGCUUGGGAAACGCGACUACCUCCCUCCAUUUCCAUGGCCUAUUCAUGAAUGGAACCACAGAGAUGGACGGCGUUAUUGAGGUCACCCAGUGUGGCAUUGUGCCGGGGGCCACCUUCAAAUACAACUUCACAAUUGUCCAGCCGGGAACAUAUUGGUAUCACUCGCAUUUCCGCGGCCAAUACCCUGACGGAAUCCGUGCUCCCCUCAUCAUCUCUGACCCCAAGUCUCCCUUCAAGGACAUGUAUGAUGAAGAAAUUGUCCUCUCAGUCUCAGACUGGUACCAUGACCAGAUGACGCACCUCAUCCCCAAAUUCCUAAACAAGGCCAACCCCAAAGGCGCCGAGCCGGUGCCUCAGUCAGUACUGUUCAAUGACACGCAAGACCUACAGGUCAAGAUUGAGGCGGGGAAGACUUACCUCUUCCGCAUGGUGAACAUGGGCGCUUUUGCGGGGCAGAGAGUCUGGUUUGAAGGUCACACGAUGAAGAUUGUCGAGGUGGAUGGCAUCUACAUCGAUCCGUAUGAGGCAGACAUGAUAUAUUUGACCGCUGCUCAGAGAUACAGUUUCCUAGUGACGGCCAAGAACGAGACCACUGCCAAUUACGCCUUUGUUGGAAGCAUGGAUACGGAUCUAUUCGACAAGUUCCCGGAUACCCUAAACUACAAUGUGACAGGAUGGCUUGUAUAUGACAAGAGCAAGCCUCUCCCACAGCCAAAGCUCAUCGAUGAGUUUACAGACAUUGAUGACUUCGACCUUGUGCCGCACGACAAGGAGCCACUCCUAGGGGACGCAGACCAAACCAUCACUCUCGAAGUGAUGAUGGACAACCUCGCCGACGGAGCAAACUACGCCUUCUUCAACAACAUAACCUACAAGCCCCCCAAAGUCCCCACCCUCUACACCGUCCUCACCAGCGGCCUCACCGCCACCAACCCCGCCAUCUACGGCCAAUACACGCAGCCCUUCGUACUCGCCCACAACCAAAUCGUCGACAUCGUCGUCAACAACAACGACCCGGGCAAACACCCCUUCCACCUCCACGGCCACGCCUUCCAAGCCAUCUGGCGCAGCGCCAAGGAAGCCGGUAACUUCGACCCCUCCACUGCUUCUUUCUCCAAAAUCCCGAUGCGGCGCGACACCCUGAUGGUCAGGCCGAAUGGGAAUAUGGUGCUCAGGUUCCGCGCGGAUAAUCCGGGGGUGUGGCUGUUCCAUUGCCAUAUUGAGUGGCAUGUUGAUUCGGGGCUGGUUGCGACGAUGGUGGAGGCGCCGUUGGAGAUGCAGAAGACGAUUAGUAUUCCGGAGGAUCACUUUGAGGCGUGUAAGAAGGCAGGGACGGGGAUUACGGGGAAUGCGGCGGGGAAUACGGAGGAUUUGCUGGAUUUGACGGGGGAGAAUAAGCCGCCGGGGAGGUUACCUGAUGGGUUCACGUCGAGGGGCAUAGUAGCGAUGACAUUUAGCAUCGUAUCUGCGCUACUGGGACUGGGAUUCAUCACGUGGUACGGACUGGCGGAUAUGGGAGCAGCGGAGAAGGAGAAUGAGAGGAGGAGAGUAGUUGAUUCUGGCGUCGUGCAGUCGCCGAGGUCCGAGUAAGGGGUUCGGGGGACAUAUUGGAUUAUACCAUACAUAUGUAACGUGUAGAUAGCGAUUUAAAGCCGCAGGGACGGCGUAUACAUGUAACAUCUUAUAACUAUCAUGAUCGAUCCAUAAUAUACCCCUCCCUCAUUCCUUUCAGAAUUUCCGGCAACAGCAAGAACUAUUAUCAAACGCGGCAAAAAGCCCACUAUCCGCAGUAACACAUACAAGCAUCACCGCCCCCCUUCCC